AUGCCGCCAACCUACAGCGCAAUGACCGCCCACCUCCUCGACGCCCUCAAGGCGUGCGACCCCCUCCUCACUCUCUGGUCAGCUCUCGACAAGCUCCAAACCAAGCUCACCGCCGACCUGGCGAACCUUGAGGACGAAACUAGGCGCGGAUCACUGUGUGCGAUGCUCGCGGGAGUGACAAAGGCGAAAGAAGCGCAGUGGUUGAUAAUUGAAACGGCAUGGGACAAAGUGAUGAAGGCGAGGGCGGCAUUGGCAGAUGUUGAGAGCGGAUGGGGGAAGCGGAGGGCUAGGCGUCAGCGGAGAGGUGUCGAAGGGGGGGUGGAAGGAGGGGGUGUGGAGGAGAGGUAUCGCAAUGCGAAGGGGUGUUGA